AUGAGACUGUGUAACCGCGGGAUGAUGAUGCUCAUGACCACCGCCGGGGCUUUCUGCGCCUUCAGCCUCAUGACCAUCGCGGUGGGAACGGACUACUGGCUGUACUCCCGCGGCAUGUGCCGCUCCAAGAGCUCCAGCGACAACGAGACGCUGCGAAAGAACGAGGAGGUGCUCACACACUCUGGGCUGUGGAGGACCUGCUGCACAGAGGGAACAUUCCGCGGUGUUUGUAAAGACAUCGACCACUUUGCUGAAGACGCCGAUUAUGACCAGGAUGCAGCGGAGUAUUUGUUACGAGCGGUGCGAGCCUCCAGCCUGUUCCCCAUCCUCAGUGUGGGCCUGCUGUUCCUGGGUGGAGUGUGUGUGGCGGCCAGUGAGUUCUACAAGUCCCGCUACAAUGUCAUUCUAUGUGCAGGCAUCCUCUUUGUCUCUGCAGGUCUGAGUAACAUAAUUGGUAUAAUUGUGUACAUAUCAGCCAACUCGGACGACCCCAGCCAGAGUGACAACAAGAAGAGCUACUCGUACGGCUGGUCCUUCUACUUCGGUGCUCUGUCCUUUGUUCUGGCCGAGAUGGUGGGUGUUCUGGCCGUACACGUGUUCAUAGAGAAACACCGCCAACUGCGAACCCAAGGAAGACCCUCCCUCAUGAAACUCCCAGUCUCCCGUAGCUCAUCCCACUACCGCAACCGCUACAGCCAGAACCGCUCCAGGCGCCUGAGCUCACGGAGCAGUGGAGGCGGCUCCUUCAGGACAACACUGGGGAGGGAGCCGUCGCUCAUUGCAGAGACCAAGAUCAGCGCACCAGGAGGACUUCCCACUCCCAUUACGGUUGGGCCGGACUUUAUGUUGUACACUGUGGGAUCGGCGCUUCGAGAUGGGAAGAUGGAUAUGCCAGUGGAAGAUGGACAUAUAUUAGGAGAGCAUGAUCAGGAUGAGUUGGUGUCUGGAAAUUGCUCAGCCAAUAGGAGGACAACGCCUGUGUGA